CGUGUACAGCCACUUCCGGUUCUGCAGGAAAAACACUCGUGAAGUUUGUGAACGGGGGAACGAACACGAGAUGGGCUGAACCGAACCACUUCAGCGAUAUUAAACCGACCGCUUCUGGUAUCGGAGAGAGGGGUAAUGUGUAGUUGGACGAGAGUAGGACAUGCCUUACGUGGACCGGCAGAACCGCAUUUGCGGUUUCCUGGACAUCGAGGAUGUAGAGAACAGUGGCAAGUUCCUACGGCGGUAUUUCAUCUUGGAUACGCAGCAGGGUAGUCUGGUCUGGUACAUGGACAACCCACAGAACCUACCAGUAGGUGCCAAACCCGUGGGUUCACUGAGUCUUCCCUACAUAUCCAAGGUCAGUGAUGCCACUAAACAGAGGCCAAAGGCGGAGUACUGCUUUGUCAUAAAUGCAGUAAUGCGGAAGUAUUUUCUUCAGGCUAAUGAUCAGCAGGAUCUAGUGGAUUGGGUCAACGCGCUCAACAAUGCAACUAAAAUCACAGUACCCAAGUCCUCUGAUGGCGUUCAGGCUGAGAGUCAGAGGUUGGCGUCUAAUGGCAACAAGAAACAGGGCCCGUACAAAACGGAAAUUAUUGCAGGAGUGGCUGUUGUCACACCAACACAGGACGGAGAGGGGGGACACGGGGUUGCAGGAGAGAAGAUGGCCUUGAGGAAGACUCCCCAACAGCACAGUAGAGUAGCACAGGAUCACAGCGCGAUUAAAGCAGGAUUCUGCGUCAAACAGGGUGCACUGAUGAAAACCUGGAAACGGAGAUAUUUUGUUCUGGAGCAGAACUCCAUGAGUUACUUCAAGUCUGAGCUGGAGAAAGAUCCUUUACGAAUAAUUUCUCUGAAGGAGGUGCAUAAGGUGCAGGAAUGCAAACACAGUGAAAUAAUGAUGCGAGACAACCUUUUUGAAGUUGUAACAACCUCCAGAACAUUUUAUAUCCAGGCUGAUAGCCCAGAGGAGAUGCACAGCUGGAUCAAGGCUAUUUCAGGAGCCAUCGUGGCUCAAAGGGGCCCGGGCCGAUCCGCAGCCUCUAUGCGUCAGGCCAGAAGGCAUUCAAGCCCUUGUAUUCAGAGGUACACGCCACGUGUCACUCAAGGCAGCACGAGCACAUUGUUGGCAGUUCCUGUUUCUACCGCCAGCACGCGGGUCACAUCGGCCCCUGUGCGCCCAGCCCUGCCGUGUCAGGUCCCACGAGGGUUGGCGUGGGACAGCGAGCACUUCAUGAGCCUGCUGCCCUUACCCCGCCCACACGCCCGCCUGUCACUGCAAGAAACCCGCCUCUCCAAGUGACACACGAAUCGCCCUGGCGCCGCCGCAGCAGCUUCGGGAUGUGCGACGCGUCCUCGCUGAAACCCGACUCGGAUUGUGCGGAUCUGCCUGUCAGUGAAGUCUGACAGUUAUGCGUCAAACUUUUACCUCUGGCCCAAAUACCCAACUGGAUCCAAACUGACUGGAUGUAACCUGUCGACCAAGUUCAAAAUCAUAAAACAGGCGGAAAAUCGUUUUCUUCUGAGUCAUGUAGGUCAGAAAUUAAGCCUAGGGUACAACACUACAACAAACACCAAAGGUUCUUUAAAGUACCUCCUGCUCUUUAAGCUUCUAUUCACUUCUUUUCUGCAUUGACACAAGAAAGUAGCAGAAAGUAAGGAAGAAAUGAAUGGAAUAUUUAAAGGCAAACCGGGAGAAAUAAUGAACUUUGUUCUUGUUAUGGACACCUGAAAAGAAUAAACACAUAUGGGAAUAUGUUGGAGGGCUGUGUCUCAACUGUGACUAAAUGGAUGGAGAUUCUUAUCCUAACCACAGAUGGGGAGGGGAAGUCUUUGAUUUAGUGCUCCAGUCCAAAAAUUCCCAAAUGUUUCCGGACGUUUUCUUGUAUUUUUUUCUGUACAGCAUUCUAUUUUCUCUUAUGUACUGUUAAUGUGACUAACUAUUCCUGUGGACUAAGCUGGGGUUUAUUUUGACUGACAGUCUAUUUACCUUUAUUUUAUUCAAACGUAUGCAUUGGUAUGGGUGAAUUCUUGUAACUGUAAUUCUUGUUUGUGUCCACUAAACAUUUGUGGAUAUAAUCCACAGGUUUUUAAAUAAUUUAAUAGGCUUUAUACAGUAGACAGUGCAUUGAUGCUGUGUAAUUGUUAAGGUCCUUGUUAUAUAGUGGCCAUUUGCCUUUUAUUGUAUGAUUGUAUUUGUGUGUGCGUGUGUGUGUAUGUGUGGUUCCUCUGCUUUAGAAUUGUUCAUAUUGUUGCCUUGUGUGUUUUAGGGAUUUAAAUAUGACUACUAUGCCUGUUGACAAAAUGCUUUUCAGUGUGUUUUAUAUCAUUGCACUGUGAUCCGUGUCCCUCUGUGUCACCUGAGUUACCUGCUAAGGUCCUAAAAGGCUGUCUAAAGCAGUGCCUGUGCCUUUAACUAUUAGAGGUCUGGCAAUUUUAGCCCUUUUCUUUUUUUCUGUAACAGUUUUAAUAUUGUUGGUUUGUAUUAUUUAUUAUAAGAACAUGACAAGGCAAUAAACCUGUUCUAAACUUA